GAUACUUUGACUGGAGAAGUUACAACUCAAAAGAUGUAAGCAGAUCGAGUUUGGAACUUGGAAAAAAAUAAAAAAAUUGUGGUGGAACUCAACGGGGAUGGACAAGGAAGUAAUAAUGGUUCAAACUUGCUUGUGAGAUUUCUUGGCAAACUUUCUCAAAAGUCAAUAAUUUGUCCCAUAUCAGUUGAGAGAUGGGAUAGGAUGCCCGAGGCGAAAAAUCGCCUACAAUGGCAGUUAGUUGAGGAGAAUUUCGAGUUUGACUAUGCUAUUGGAAUCAAAUGGGUGAUGCGUACUUUACGCGAUAGAUGGAGGUCCUAUAAAUAUGCGUUAAGAAAUCAAACCUUCUACCCUAGCAAAAGUAAGGAACAAAUACUUGCUAAUCCUCCUCCAAACGUGGAUUCUAUUGAUUGGACUGCUUUUGUGUAUCACUAUAAAGAAGAGAAGAUGAAGACACAAAGUGAACAAAAUGCAAGAAAUCGAAGUAAACUUAAAGUCCCCCAUGCCGGUGGUAGCAAAAGCAAUGCAAGGAGAGGUCGUCAAAUGGAGAAAAAAUAUGGAAGGCCUGUGUGCCGAAGUGAGGUUGUUUUGUCAACUUUACUGAAGAAGAAUGGAAAUUAUGUGAAUGAGGAAGGGAAGAUUAUAGCUGAUAAAAUAUCAGAGCAUCUAUCUCAAGAUCAAGAACAUGCUGCCACUUUAGGUGUUCCAUUGAAGAUAUUGGCUCAUCCUAAUGACGCUAUUGGAAAAGUAUAUGGAGUUGAACAUUCUGGUCGUGUGCGUGGUUUAGGUGGUAAUGUUUGCCCCUCGACUGCUUUUGGAAUGCCUAAACAUUCAGUUAGUUAUGCGAAUCUUGGUGGUUCUAGUAAUACGUCUCAUCAACGUGUUGAAGACCUAGAGAAGCAUGUCGAAACCUUGGAAGAGAAGCUGACUGGAUAUGAAGAGACCAAGGAACAAUUUGUGGAGACCAAGGAACGACUUGCGCAAAAUGAGAAUCACUUGGCAACUCUUCAUAGGUUUUUACAAGCUAAAUUUGGUAGUGAGUUGCCUAGUUUCUCCUUAGAUUCUUCUUAGCCUUGCGUGGUUAUUUUUGAACCACCAACUAUUUUUUGUAUUUCCCUUACACUAGCAAUUGUGGUAUCGUUUUUGUAUAAUCAAGGCUUGAAACUUAUGUUUUGUUAUAUAUGACAAGUAGAA